AGUAGCCCCCGCGCCGCCGCCGCACGCUCAGUGCCGUGUCUGUGUUGCUCGCCCGCCCUCACACCCACCACCUGAGAGCCUCCUCCUGGCCACACCCAGGCUCCCUGAGUGCAGGGCCUUUGGCACUUGUUGGGUGACGCCUUUCUGUUGACGGAAGUGUCACUGCCGAUGUCGUUCCUGCCAAAAGUUUGACAAGUGCUUGCUCAUAACAGUUUUACUUGAUUUUUACACUUCCAUUCAUUAGAGGACUCGACCCAGCAAGAGUCUGUUUAUGAGUGAAAAAAAUGCAUUUUACUGAAGCCAAUGUUUAGUGUCGGUUGUGGGAAAAGAAGUAUCCAAUAUCAGAAAUAAAAAAAUAUAAUGUUUCAAGUUCAUACAAGUUGUUGAGCUUUAUUACAAGAUUUAUUUUUUGGUUGUAUGCAAAGUGACCGAAUGGUUUGGAAGUGAAGUGCAUUUGAAGUGGAAUGGGAAACGUAGAAGGUAAAGCGACCGGAGGAAGGCGGCGCGUGGAUCCCCCUUACUGCACGGCACGCCCCCUUCCUCCUCUGCCGAACGACGACGAGGAGGAGGACCUGGACCUUGAUUCUCCGCCUCCGUACCCGCCUCCGCCGCCGCCUUCAGAAGAGCGGUCCAAGCGGUAUUCCUGGCGGAUGUCUGACUCCGCCGUCUUUGGCCAAGGCGAAAAUAAGAGGCGCUCGUGGCUACUCAACUUAACCAACGGAGGCGACAAAACGAAGAGUAAAAUGGCGAAAGACGGUAAGGAUGUCGAUGAUGUUAACAGUAAGAUCAGUGUAGGUAGCAUGGAUGUGUCAGGGGGAGUUGGAGUGAAAGCUUCCUUUAAUGAACCACAUAUAAAUAUCCAAGAAAAUUCUUGGACUGUAGAGGGGAAGCCCGACGCAAACCAAACGACGGGGAAAGAAACCCACGUGUUUACGUACAACAUUUCUGAUAAGGAAAAGUCGAUGCAGGGAGAGAAAGUCAUAAAGAUGAAGACUGAGUAUGUGAGAGGAGAAGACAGUAGUGCACCAGGAUACAGUGUUCUUCAUGAAUGUCUUCAGCAUGACAUGAACUCUGAAGGCAGAAUGAUUCAUGAUCAAAACAAUACACAGCUUCCAUCUUUGGAUCUUAGCUGUACAUCCAACAUGAGUGAUGAACUGAAAAAUGUCAUUGACGAGCUUCGAGGCAAGCCAUCCACUGAAGACAGCACUGUAUUUAAAACUGUAUCUGAACACAGACGAUUUGUCAGUAUCACAACUACGACUAAGAAGGAAGUAUCUUCGCAUAUUAAUAUUAAUGGCAAAGAGUAUAGUUCAACCACAAAUGAUUCUCUUAGUAAGCUGGAGGCAGAACUAAGUGCGUUGCUCUCUCCUGAACUGGAAUUACACACCAAUUCUGAGACAGUCAAUAGCAAAAACACUUCCGUUUCCAUGCGUAUGGAAAAUGGUCAUGGGUCUGGGGCAAAUGUGGGGUUAGGUUCUAGCACCAGUCAGGCUCAUAGUUCACAAGUAAACCAAAGCUAUAACAUAUCAGUGACACCAACACUUCCAUUACCAGACAUUCAAGAAUUCUCUGGGAAAGGUAUUCCAUUGCUGCCUGACCUUGUGAAGGGCAACAAUAAGGGAGCUAUUACCGUUGAAAGUUCACUACAGGGGCGUGACAAAAACGUAAAUGUGGGGGCGGGAGGCAGUAUAACCGGCCCAACUUGUGAUGUUCAACUUGACAAAAGAGGAGAUUUUGGAGGUGGAAGAUUAGAUGCAAAGUUUGAUAGUUCAUUACCACAAGGCAAAGGAGAAAUUGAUGGAUUACACAUAGGGGGAGAUAUGUCAGGUCCCAGAUUAGAUGUGUCAGCUGAAGGUAACAAGUUCCAUACUCCAGGGGUAGCCUUGGCAGGCGAGGUUCUGCCACGGGGAGAUGUCAGCAUGUCAGUGGAGCCAGGGAUUCCUGUUACACCCGAUAUAGGCAAGCCUGCCACUAAGAGUAAGAAACAGUCAUCUGGUCCUUGUGCUUGUUUGAGCAGUCCUAAGAAAAUCGAACAAGAAGAACCAUACAUAUCAGUGGGGGUUCAAGGGGAAGGCAAAGGAGAAUUGCCGUCAGUGUCUGCUGGCUCAGUAGAAGUAGAAGGAGUAGACUCAGGUCUUAGAACCGAAGGUACAGCUACUGCAAAGAUUCCCCAGAAAAAACGCUCUGGUCCAAAAUCUAAACUAGGAUCAUGUUUUGGUAAACCAAAAGCAUCGGAAUUUGAUACCCCAGAAGCAGAUAUUAAAGGAGAGGUCGAAAUGAUGAAUCCAAGACCAACUGCAGAACCAAGAGCAGAAGCUAGUGUAAAUAUCCAAGUGCCAGAUGAGAAUGUGAAAAUUGGAAAAGAUCCAGAGAAGAAAAAGACAAAGUUUGGCUCAUGUUUUGGAAAGCCAAAAGAACCAGAGUAUGAUGUAAAGGGAGAAUCAUACAGAGUGAUAUCAGAUGAACCAGAAUUUGAGGGCAAGUUAGAUGUCGGUGCUGUAUCACAAACAUCUGUGCCUCAAGUCAGUGUAGCAACAACCACAGGUGAUAUCAGUUUUCAGACAAAAUCAACAAAUGUUUCACCAUCUUUGAAAUGCGACAUACCUGAUUUCCCAAAAGUUGAAGCUAAUGUGGAAACCAGGGCAGGAGUAACUGGAGAUGUUGAGGGUGGUUUUUCAGGUGAUAUCCAUAAGGGAGGAGAUGUACAGAUCCAAGCAAAUGUUCCUAAAAUUGAUGGUAAAAUUGCUAGUAAAGAAUACACAGCAGACAGUGAUAUUUCCUUAAUUCCAGGAAAUAUGGAUAUCAAUAUUCCAGGUUUCAAAUUCUCCCAAAGUACUCCUGAAGCUACAAUAGAAGGGUCAUCAAGAGCUAACUUUAAUAGUGACAUCAGUCUCGACAUUGAAGGAAAGGCUCCAGAUGCAAAGAUUAAGGGAGAAAUGCCAGGCUUGUCUUUAGAAGGUAAUCUGCCAAGUAUGUAUGCAUCUGGGGAAAAGACAAAUAUCAAAUAUUCUGAAGAUACUCCAGAAGUGAAAAUAGAAGGAAAACUACCAGAAUCUAAAGGGGACUUUAAUGCUGACCUUGGCAUUGAUUUGCCACAUGUAGCUGGGACUGAAAAAGAACUGGAAAUCAGAGCUGCAGGUGUGUCAGGUGUUACUGUUAAGAGCGACUUACCUGCCAUUGAUGUCCCCAAAGGAGAGGUUUCCAUACCAAGCAGUCCAAUCAAGCCAUCUGUAGGAAUUAAAGCUGAAGUUAAAGGUCCAAAAGGAUCAACAUCUCUUGAUGUACCUAGUGUUAAACCAAAGACAAAGAAAGCUAAGUUAGGUCCAUGUGCUUGUUUAGGGAAAUCAGGCAAGAUGGAUAUUGAAGAACCAUAUAUAGAAAAGGAAGGUGAAGUUAGUGGAAGAUUUGAAAAUGUUGAUGCAGACAUAGGAGUUAAAGUAGAGGGACCACGAGUAGAGGGACCUGAAGCCCAAAUUGCUGUUGGUGUUGAAUCUCCAGAGACAGAAAGUAGGAAAGCCAAGGUAUCAGGAAAACCUAAGAUGUCAUUAGGAUCUUGCUUUGGAAAAGCAAAACCACCUAGUGCCCCUGGUACUGUGUCAGCUGAUGCUGGUGUUGAAGGAAAUAUUUCUGCUGAGCCACACAUCAAAGUUAAAGGGGCAGAUGUAGAAGGUCCUAGUGCAGAUAUUUCCAUUCCUAGAGGAAAAGCUGAAAUUGACAUUGAAUCUCCAGAAGUUAAAGCAAAAGGAGGAAAAGUGGCAGGCAAACCAAAGAUGAAAUUUGGGCCAUGUUUUGGUAAAGGUAAAAGUAAGGGUAAAGAUGUAGAAGCAGAAAGUGAAUACAAAAUUGAAGGCCCAUCUGUUAGUGGCGAGAUUAGUCCUUCAUCACCUGAGCUAAGAGCAGAUGUCAGUGUUGAUUCACCUAAAGCCAAAAUCAAAGGAGAGAAACCCAAAACUAAGUUAGGAUCUUGCUUUGGAAAACCCAAAGAGCCAAAGGUUGAAGGUGAAUAUCAAGCAGGAAAAAUAGCUGUUGAAAGUCCUGAAGUCACUAGUAAAGUAGAAAUUCCUUCUGGUGAGGCUAGUGUUGCACCACCAGCAGUGAGUGUAGAUAUUAGUGCUGAAUCACCUGAAGCUAAAAUUAAAGGGGAGAAACCUAAAUCUAAGCUGGGAUCUUGCUUUGGUAAACCUAAAGGCCCAAAAGUUGAAGGAGAAUAUGAGCCAGCUAAAGUUCAAGCUGAAAGUUCUGGAGCCAGUGGUGAGAUUAAGGUCACAUCACCAGAGAUAAGAGGAGACAUUAGUGCCGAAGCCCCUAAAGUAGAAAUCAAAGGAGAAAAGCCAAAGUCAAGACUUGGAUCUUGCUUUGGGGAACCCAAAGGUCCUGAUGCAGAGGGUGAAUACAAACCAAGUAAACUAGAAGUUGAAGGUCCAUCUGUUACUGGUGAGGCUAGUGCUGCAUCUCCCGAGAUUAGUGGAGAUGUUAGUGCUGAGUUGCCAAGAGGUGAAGUUAAAGGUGGAAAGCCCAAAUCCAAGUUGGGAUCCUGCUUUGGAAAACCAAAGGAACCGAAAGUAGCAGGUGAAUACAAACCAGCCAAAGUAAACAUCGAUGAACCAUCUAUUAGUGGUGAGGCAAGUGUCAAAUCACCAGAGCUAGCUGGAGACAUUGGCAUUAAAUCACCAAAGCUAAGUGGAGAUGCAAGCAUUAAACAUCCAGAUGCAGAGAUGAAAGGAAAGAAGCCAAAAUCUAAAUUUGGAUCCUGCUUUGGGAAAUCUAAAUCACCAGAAAUUGAAGGAAAGGUUGAAGCAGAAACACCAGAGAUCAGUGGGGAAGUUGACAUUUCAUCACCAGAGCUUAAAGGUGGUGUAAGUAUUGAACCACCAGAUGUAAGAAUUAAGGGAGAAAAACCGAAAUCAAAAUUGGGGUCAUGUUUUGGUAAACCUAACACACCUCAAGUAGAAGGUGAAUAUAUGGUUAGUACAGAAAGACCUGAAGCAGAGGCAGGAGUUUCAGUCAGAUCUAUUAAGGGUGAUGUUGAUCCUGCAUCCCCUGAGAUAAAGGUGAAAGGCAGCAAACCAAAGUCCAAACUUGGAUCAUGCUUUGGGAAACCGGAAAGUGGAAAGAUAGAAGGUGAAUACAAGCCAGGAAGUGUAGACAUAGAAGGUCCUGAUGUGAGUGCAGGAGCCAGUGUCAAGCCGCCUGUUGUUGGAGGAGAAAUUGAUAUUGAUUCACCUGAAGUAGAAGUGAAAAGUAAAAAGGUUUCUGGAAAGCCGAAAGCCAAACUAGGCUCAUGCUUUGGCAAACCCAAAGAACCUAAAGUGAAAGGAGAAAUAGACAUUGAAGGUCCAAGUGUAGAAGGUGAAUUGCCUACUGGGAAAGCUGAAGUAGAUGUCAAGGCUCCUGAGAUGAAAGUGAAGAGUAAGAAGGUAAAAGGAAAAUCUGCUCCAUUAUGUGCUUCAUGCAUUGGAAAGGCAUCACCUCCAGAUGUAGAUAUAGAUGCUGAUGUAGAACCAGCAAGCAUUAAUAUUCAUCCAGAAAAACCAAGCAUGGAAGGUAAAAUAUCAGUAGAAGGUCCAAGUAUUGAUGUUAAACCAGUAAAAGUAAAAGUAAAAGGACCUUCAAUGCCAGAAGUACCAGAAUUAAAAGGUAAUUUGGAUGUGGAAGCAGAUAUACCUGAUUUUGAACCAUCCAUUAAAAUCAAGGGUGAUAUUCCAGAUAUCCCAAAAGUAGAAGCAGAAAUAGGAGGAAAAGCAGAUAUCCCAGAAAUUGAAAUCAAGGGUAAUGUGCCAGCUCUUCCAAAGAUAGAGGCCAGUGUGGAUGCACCUGAAUUGAAAGUGGAAGGAGAGCUACCAAAACUGAAAACAGAGGGUGAUAUUGACAUUGGAAUAAAUGUUCCAAGUAUUUCAGGAGAUAUUAAGGGACUGGAUAUUGAAACACCUGACUUCCCAAGUGGCAAAAUUGAAGGAGAUAUUAAGGGUGACUUACCAAGUAUUGAGAUUCCUAAAGCUGAAGUCUCUCUACCAGCAGGCCCUGAAUUACCAAGUGCAGAAAUCAAGGGAGAAUUGAAAGGUCCAGAGAUCUCAGGUUCAGCCCAAAUACCAAAGGCAGAACUGAAGACAAAGAAAGCAAAACUUGGUCCAUGUGCUUGUUUAGGCAAAUCAGGCAAAAUUGGCAAAGAAGAACCAUACAUGGCAGCAGAAGCUGGAGGAAAAAUGAGUGGAGAAGUCGAAGGCAUAGAUGUGGGUGUAGAAGGACCCAAAGGUAGUGUUGCAGUAGAUGUUGAAUCACCUGAGAUAAAGGGUAAGAAAGUAAAGGCUUCAGGCAAGCCUAAGAUGUCAUUAGGAUCAUGCUUUGGGAAAGCAAAGCCACCUAGUGCCCAUGGUGAUGUAUCAGCUGAUGUAGGUGUUGAAGGAACCAUUUCUGCUGAGCCACACAUCAAAGUUGAAGGAGCAGAUAUUGCAGGUCCAAGUGCAGAUAUUUCCCUUCCAGAAGGAAAGGCUGAAGUUGACAUUGACUCCCCAGAUGUUAAAGUGAAAGGAGGAAAAGUAUCAGGCAAACCUAAGAUGAAAUUUGGACCAUGUUUCGGCAAAGGUAAAGAUGUAGAAGUAGAAGGUGAAUACAAACCAAGUAAAGUAGAAGUUAAAGGUCCAUCUGUCAGUGGUGAAGUUAGUGCAUCCUCUCCUGAAGUGAGUGGAGACAUAAGUGUUGAGUCACCCAAAGCUAAAAUCAAAGGAGAAAAGCCUAAAUCUAAAUUAGGAUCUUGCUUUGGGAAACCCAAAGGGCCAAAGUUAGAAGGUGAAUACAAGCCAGCUAAAGUUAGUGGCGAGGGUCCAGAAGUUAGUGGUGAAAUUUCUGUUGCCUCACCUGAUAUAAGUGCAGAGAUCAGUGCUGAACCACCCAAAGCUAAACUCAAAGGGGAGAAACCUAAAUCAAAAUUAGGAUCUUGCUUUGGUAAGCCCAAAGGCCCAAAAGUCGAAGGAGAAUAUAAACCAUCAAGAGUUGAUGUUGAAUACCCAGAAGUAAGUAGUGAAGCAGAGGUUCCAUCAGCUGAAGUUAAGGGUAGCAUUAAGGUUGAUUCACCUGAUGUAAGAUUUAAAGAAGGUAAACCCAAAUCAAAGUUUGGAUCCUGCUUUGGAAAACCUAAAUCACCUGAAAUUGAAGGUGAAUAUAAACCAGGAAAAAUUAGUAUAGAAGGACCUGAAGCAGAGGCAGGAGUUUCAGCCAGAUCUCCUGCUAUUAAGGGUGAUGUUGAUCUUGAGUCCCCUGAAAUAAAGGUGAAAGGCAGUAAACCAAAGUCCAAACUUGGAUCAUGCUUUGGGAAACCGAAAAGUGGAAAGAUAGAAGGUGAAUACAAGCCAGGAAGUGUAGACAUAGAGGGUCCUGGUGUGAGUGCAGGAGCCAAGGUGAAGGGUCCUGACAUUGAAGGAGAAAUUGAUAUUGAUUCACCUGAGGUAGAAGUGAAAGGUAAAAAGGUUUCUGGAAAGCCAAAAGCCAAACUAGGCUCAUGCUUUGGCAAAUCCAAAGAACCUAAAGUUAAGGGAGAAAUAGACAUUGAAGGUCCCAGAGUAGAAGGUGAAGUGCCUACUGGGAAAGCUGAAGUAGAUGUCAAGGCUCCUGAGAUGAAAGUGAAGAGUAAGAAGGUAAAAGGAAAAUCUGCUCCAUUAUGUGCUUCAUGCAUUGGAAAGGCAUCACCUCCAGAUGUAGAUAUAGAUGCUGAUGUAGAACCAGCAAGCAUUAAUAUUCAUCCAGAAAAACCAAGCAUGGAAGGUAAAAUAUCAGUAGAAGGCCCAAGUAUUGAUGUUGAACCAGUAAAAGUAAAAGUAAAAGGACCUUCAAUGCCAGAAGUACCAGAAUUAAAAGGUAAUUUGGAUGUGGAAGCAGAUAUACCUGAUUUUGAACCAUCCAUUAAAAUCAAGGGUGAUAUUCCAGAUAUCCCAAAAGUAGAAGCGGAAAUAGGAGGAAAAGCAGAUAUCCCAGAAAUUGAAAUCAAGGGUAAUGUGCCAGCUCUUCCAAAGAUAGAGGCCAGUGUGGAUGCACCUGAAUUGAAAGUGGAAGGAGAGCUACCAAAACUGAAAACAGAGGGUGAUAUUGACAUUGGAAUAAAUGUUCCAAGUAUUUCAGGAGAUAUUAAGGGACUGAAUAUUGAAACACCUGACUUCCCAAGUGGCAAAAUUGAAGGAGAUAUUAAGGGUGACUUACCAAGCAUUGAGAUUCCUAAAGCUGAAGUCUCUCUACCAGCAGGCCCUGAAUUACCAAGUGCAGAAAUCAAGGGAGAAUUGAAAGGUCCAGAGAUCUCAGGUUCAGCCCAAAUACCAAAGGCAGAACUAAAGACAAAGAAAGCAAAACUUGGUCCAUGUGCUUGUUUAGGCAAAUCAGGCAAAAUUGGCAAAGAAGAACCAUACAUGGCAGCAGAAGCUGGAGGAAAAAUGAGUGGAGAAGUCGAAGGCGUAGAUGUGGGUGUAGAAGGACCCAAAGGUAGUGUUGCAGUAGAUGUUGAAUCACCUGAGAUAAAGGGUAAGAAAGUAAAGGCUUCAGGCAAGCCUAAGAUGUCAUUAGGAUCUUGCUUUGGGAAAGCAAAGCCACCUAGUGCCCAUGGUGAUGUAUCAGCUGAUGUAGGUGUUGAAGGAACCAUUUCUGCUGAGCCACACAUCAAAGUUGAAGGAGCAGAUAUUGCAGGUCCAAGUGCAGAUAUUUCCCUUCCAGAAGGAAAGGCUGAAGUUGACAUUGACUCCCCAGAUGUUAAAGUGAAAGGAGGAAAAGUAUCAGGCAAACCUAAGAUGAAAUUUGGACCAUGUUUCGGCAAAGGUAAAGAUGUAGAAGUAGAAGGUGAAUACAAACCAAGUAAAGUAGAAGUUAAAGGUCCAUCUGUCAGUGGUGAAGUUAGUGCAUCCUCUCCUGAAUUGAGUGGAGACAUAAGUGUUGAGUCACCCAAAGCUAAAAUCAAAGGAGAAAAACCCAAGACUAAAUUAGGAUCUUGCUUUGGAAAACCAAAAGGUCCAGAAGUUGAGGGUGAAUAUGAUCCUGCUAAAUUAGAUGUUGAAGGUCCAGAAGUUAGAGGUGAAGUAGGUGUUCCUUCAGCUGAGGUCACAGGGGAUAUUAAUGUUGAGUCUCCAGAUGUGAAGGUUAAAGCAGGAAAACCAAAAGCAAAGAUUGGAUCCUGUUUCGGUAAGCCUAAAUCACCUGAAGUUGAGGGUGAAUAUAAACCAGGAAAAAUUAGUGUAGAAGGACCUGAAGCAGAGGCAGGAGUUUCAACCAGAUCUCCUGCUAUUAAGGGUGAUGUUGAUCUAGAGUCCCCUGAAAUAAAGGUGAAGGGCAGUAAACCAAAGUCCAAACUUGGAUCAUGCUUUGGGAAACCGAAAAGUGGAAAGAUAGAAGGUGAAUACAAGCCAGGAAGUGUAGACAUAGAGGGUCCUGGUGUGAGUGCAGGAGCCAAGGUGAAGAGUCCUGACAUUGAAGGAGAAAUUGAUAUUGAUGCACCUGAAGUAGAAGUGAAAGGUAAAAAGGUUUCUGGAAAGCCGAAAGCCAAACUAGGCUCAUGCUUUGGCAAACCCAAAGAACCUAAAGUGAAAGGAGAAAUAGACAUUGAAGGUCCAAGUGUAGAAGGUGAAUUGCCUACUGGGAAAGCUGAAGUAGAUGUCAAGGCUCCUGAGAUGAAAGUGAAGAGUAAGAAGGUAAAAGGAAAAUCUGCUCCAUUAUGUGCUUCAUGCAUUGGGAAGGCAUCACCUCCAGAUGUAGAUAUAGAUGCUGAUGUAGAACCAGCAAGUAUUAAUAUUCAUCCAGAAAAACCAAGCAUGGAAGGCAAAAUAUCAGUAGAAGGUCCAAGUAUUGAUGUUGAACCAGUAAAAGUAAAAGUAAAAGGACCUUCAAUACCAGAAGUACCAGAAAUGAAAGGUAAUUUGGAUAUGGAAGCAGAAAUACCUGACUUUGAACCAUCCAUUAAAAUCAAGGGUGAUAUUCCAGAUAUCCCAAAAGUAGAAGCAGAAAUAGGAGGAAAAGCAGAUAUUCCAGAAAUUGAAAUCAAGGGUAAUGUGCCAGCUCUUCCAAAGAUAGAGGCCAGUGUGGAUGCACCUGAAUUGAAAGUGGAAGGAGAGCUACCAAAACUGAAAACAGAGGGUGAUAUUGACAUUGGAAUAAAUGUUCCAAGUAUUUCAGGAGAUAUUAAGGGACUGAAUAUUGAAACACCUGACUUCCCAAGUGGCAAAAUUGAAGGAGAUAUUAAGGGUGACUUACCAAGUAUUGAGAUUCCUAAAGCUGAAGUCUCUCUACCAGCAGGCCCUGAAUUACCAAGUGCAGAAAUCAAGGGAGAAUUGAAAGGUCCAGAGAUCUCAGGUUCAGCCCAAAUACCAAAGGCAGAACUAAAGACAAAGAAAGCAAAACUUGGUCCAUGUGCUUGUUUAGGCAAAUCAGGCAAAAUUGGCAAAGAAGAACCAUACAUGGCAGCAGAAGCUGGAGGAAAAAUGAGUGGAGAUGUCGAAGGUGUAGAUGUGGGUGUAGAAGGACCCAAAGGUAGUGUUGCAGUAGAUGUUGAAUCACCUGAGAUAAAGGGUAAGAAAGUAAAGGCUUCAGGCAAGCCUAAGAUGUCAUUAGGAUCUUGCUUUGGGAAAGCAAAGCCACCUAGUGCCCAUGGUGAUGUAUCAGCUGAUGUAGGUGUUGAAGGAACCAUUUCUGCUGAGCCACACAUCAAAGUUGAAGGAGCAGAUAUUGCAGGUCCAAGUGCAGAUAUUUCCCUUCCAGAAGGAAAGGCUGAAGUUGACAUUGACUCCCCAGAUGUUAAAGUGAAAGGAGGAAAAGUAUCAGGCAAACCUAAGAUGAAAUUUGGACCAUGUUUCGGCAAAGGUAAAGAUGUAGAGGUAGAAGGUGAAUACAAACCAAGUAAAGUAGAAGUUAAAGGUCCAUCUGUCAGUGGUGAAGUUAGUGCAUCCUCUCCUGAAGUGAGUGGAGACAUAAGUGUUGAGUCACCCAAAGCUAAAAUCAAAGGAGAAAAACCCAAGACUAAAUUAGGAUCAUGCUUUGGAAAACCAAAAGGUCCAGAAGUUGAGGGUGAAUAUGAUACUGCUAAAUUAGAUGUUGAAGGUCCAGAAGUUAGAGGUGAAGUAGGUGUUCCUUCAGCUGAGGUCACAGGGGAUAUUAAUGUUGAGUCUCCAGAUGUGAAAGUUAAAGCAGGAAAACCAAAAGCAAAGUUAGGAUCCUGUUUCGGUAAGCCUAAAUCACCUGAAGUUGAGGGUGAAUAUAAACCUGGAAUUGAUGUUGAAGGACAUAAAGCUGGAGCCGAGGUUUCAGCCAGGGCCCCAGAAGUAGAGGGUCAUAUUGAUGUAGACUCUCCAGAUAUAAAGAUCAAGAGAGGAAAACCAAAGUCUAGACUGGGACCUUGCUUUGGAAAGGCAAAGGGUGAAGUAGAAGGCGAAUAUAAACCAGGAAGUGUUUCUGUAAAAGGUCCUGAUGUUGGUGCAGGAGCAAGUGUAACGAGCCCUGAUAUUAGUGCAGAAGCAAGUUUGCCGACUCAUGAUCCUGGAGCAGGAGUAAGUUUGAAAAGUCCUGAUAUUGAAGGUGAAAUUGAUAUUGAAAAACCAAAAGUGGAAGUUAAAGAUAAAAAGGUGUCUGGAAAGCCUAAAGUUAACCUUGGGUCUUGCUUUGGUAAACCCAAGGAACCAAAGAUUGAAGUAGAUAUUGAAGGGACAGGAGCACAAAUACAAGGUGAAGUGCCUGCUGCUAAGGCUGAAGUAGAUGUGAAAGCCCCAGAGGGUAAAGUAAAAGGCAAGAAAGCAAAGGGAAAAUCUGCUCCCUUGUGUACAUCAUGCAUUGGAAAAGCAUCACCUCCAGAUGUAGAUAUAGAAGCAGAUGUCAAGCCAGGUAUUGUCAAGAUCAGCCCAGAGAAACCAAGUAUUGAAGGCAAAGUAUCAGUAGAUGCACCAGAUGUUACUGUUGAACCAUCAGUGAAAGUAGUAGGCCCAUCAGUACCUAGACUUCCAGAAGUGAGAGGGGACUUAGAAGUGAAGAUAGAUGAGCCAGAUGUUGAACCUUCCCUGGAAAUCAAGGGGGAUAUUCCAGACAUACCAAAAGUUAAGGCAGAAAUAGGUGGCAAAGCAGAUAUACCGGGAAUUGAAAUGCAGGGGAGUGUUCCAAAGCUUCCUGAAGUUAAAGCAACUAUUGGUUCACCUGAAUGGAAAACCGAGGGGGAUGUUGGUGUUGGAGUAAGUGCUCCAAGUAUUUCAGGAGAUAUUAAGGGUGAUCUUCCCAUAGUUGAAGUCACUGUGCCAUCGGGCCCUGCAUUACCAAGCACAGAAAUUAAAGGUGAGGUCAAGAGCCCAGCUUUAUCAGGUUCAGCAGAGAUACCAAAGGCAGAACUAAAGACAAAGAAACCAAAACUUGGUCCCUGUGCUUGCUUAGGCAAAUCAGGCAAAGAAGAGCCAUACAUAGCAGCAGAAGUAGGAGGGAAAGUAAGUGGAGAAGUUGAAGGCGUAGAUGCAGGCAUUGAAAGACCAAAGGGCAGUAUUGCAGUUGAGGUCGAUUCUCCUGAGAUAAAGAACAAAAAGGUUAAGGCCUCAGGAAAGCCUAAGAUGUCAUUAGGAUCUUGCUUUGGCAAAGGAAAACCUCCUAGUGUCAGUGGAGAAAUUUCAACUGGCCUUGAUGUAGAUGUAAAGCCAGAUCAACCCGACUUUGAAAUCUCUGCUGAGGCUCCAGUUCCACCAAUGCGAAAGGGAAAGAAAAUUAAGGUUAAGUCUCCAGAUGUUGACAUGAAUAUGGGAAGCGUAAAUGUAAAUGCUGAUGUUCCAGAAGUUGGAGGAAUAGAUGUUUCUGGUAUUGGAAUAAAGGCUGGUGGACCAGAUAUAAAUGGAAGUGUUGAUAUCCCAGAAUUUGAAGGCUGUAUGAAAAGCCCACAUGUCAAGGGUAGCAUUGAAAUUCCAAAAGUUGAAGGCAAGAUCGAUAUGCCUGAAAUUACAGGUAGCGGAGAAAUCCAAGGAUAUGGUGGUAAGAUAACUAUGCCAGAUAUCGAGGGUAAUACUGGUGUUCCAGGCUUUAGUGGCAAACUUAGCAUGCCAGAAGUUAAUGGUAAUGUUGAUAUUCCAUCCUUUGGAAGCAAAAUUGAUAUGCCAGAUCUUAAUGGUAAAGUGGAUAUUCAAGGAUUUAGAGGCAAAGUUGACAUGCCAGAAAUCAAGGGCAAUGUUGGAAUGCCAAGCUUUGGAGGCAAGGUAGACAUGCCAGAAAUCAAGGGCAGUGCUGAUAUCCCAGGCUUUGGAAGCAAGGUUGACAUGCCAGAAAUCAAGGGUAGUGUUGGAAUCCCAGGCUUUGGAGGAAAGGUUGACAUGCCAGAUAUGGAGGGCACAGUUGACAUGCCAGAAAUCAAGGGCAGUGUUGGAAUCCCAGGCUUUGGAGGCAAGGUUGACAUGCCAGAAAUCAAGGGCAAUGUUGGAAUCCCAGGCUUUGGAGGCAAGGUUGACAUGCCAGAAAUCAAGGGCAGUGUUGGAAUCCCAGGCUUUGGAGGCAAGGUUGACAUGCCAGAGAUGGAGGGCAAGGUUGACAUGCCAGAAAUCAAGGGCAGUGUUGGAAUCCCAGGCUUUGGAGGCAAGGUUGACAUGCCAGAAAUCAAGGGCAGUGUUGGAAUCCCAGGCUUUGGAGGCAAGGUUGACAUGCCAGAGAUGGAGGGCAAGGUUGACAUGCCAGAAAUCAAGGGCAAUGUUGGAAUCCCAGGCUUUGGAGGCAAGGUUGACAUGCCAGAGAUGAAGGGCAAGAUUGACAUGCCAGAAAUCAAGGGCAGUGUUGGCAUCCCAGGCUUUGGAGGCAAGAUUGACAUGCCAGAAGUCAAGGGCAAGGUUGACAUGCCAGAAAUCAAGGGCAGUGUUGGAAUCCCAGGCUUUGGAGGCAAGGUUGACAUGCCAGAGAUGAAGGGCAAGGUUGACAUGCCAGAAGUCAAGGGCAGUGUUGGAAUCCCAGGCUUUGGAGGCAAGGUUGACAUGCCAGAAGUCAAGGGCAAGGUUGACAUGCCAGAAGUCAAGGGCAGUGUUGGAAUCCCAGGCUUUGGAGGAAAGGUUGACAUGCCAGAGAUGGAGGGCAAAGUUGACAUGCCAGAAAUCAAGGGCAGUGUUGGAAUCCCAGGCUUUGGAGGCAAGAUUGACAUGCCAGAAAUCAAGGGUAGUGUUGGAAUCCCAGGCUUUGGAGGCAAGGUUGACAUGCCAGAGAUGAAGGGCAAGGUUGACAUGCCAGAAAUCAAGGGCAAGGUUGACAUGCCAGAAAUCAAGGGCAAGGUUGACAUGCCAGAAAUCAAGGGCAGUGCUGAUAUCCCAGGCUUUGGAGGCAAGGUUGACAUGCCAGAAAUCAAGGGCAAUGUUGGAAUCCCAGGCUUUGGAGGCAAGAUUGACAUGCCAGAAGUCAAGGGCAGUGUUGGAAUCCCAGGCUUUGGAGGCAAGGUUGACAUGCCAGAAAUCAAGGGUAGUGUUGGAAUCCCAGGCUUUGGAAGCAAGAUUGACAUGCCAGAAGUCAAGGGCAAGGUUGACAUGCCAGAAAUCAAGGGCAGUGUUGGAAUCCCAGGCUUUGGAGGCAAGGUUGACAUGCCAGAAAUCAAGGGCAGUGUUGGAAUCCCAGGCUUUGGAGGCAAGAUUGACAUGCCAGAAAUCAAGGGCAAGGUUGACAUGCCAGAAAUCAAGGGCAGUGUUGGAAUCCCAGGCUUUGGAGGCAAGAUUGACAUGCCAGAAGUCAAGGGCAAGGUUGACAUGCCAGAAAUCAAGGGCAGUGUUGGAAUCCCAGGCUUUGGAGGCAAGGCUGACAUGCCAGAAAUCAAGGGCAAAGUUGACAUGCCAGAAAUUAAGGGCAGUGCUGGAAUCCCUGGUUUCGAAGGCAGGGUUGACUUGCCAGAUGCCAAAGGAAAAAUCAAGACCUCAGGCUUUGGGGGGGAAAUUGGCGUGCCAGAAAUGAAGGGCAAAAUAGAGAUAACAGGAUUUGGAGAUGAGGGUGACAUGCCAGAAACCCUAGGUACAGGAGUGAAGGUUGAUUUGCCAUUAACUGAAGGGAAGUUAGAAAUCCAAGGCCCUGAAGGUAAGAUAUGCAUGCCUGAAAUAAAGGGUAAAACAGGAAAAACGUCUACGGAAAGCAAGAUUGACAUGCCCGUAGUUAAGGGAAAGGCGAAAUCCAGAGGAAAGGUCAACUUGCCAAAGGGCAAAGGUAGUGCAGAAAUUUCAGGCAUAGAAGGUGAAGUUGACAUACCAUUAAUAAAGGGGAAUGUUAAAACUCCUGGCUUUGACGGCAAGGUUAACUUGCCAAAAGCCAAAGGCAAGGCAGUGAAGGCUGACAUCCAAGAGAAGAAGGCAAGUGUUGACCUCCCGGAAGCUGAAGGCAAAAUGAAAACGAAGGUCGAAAUUCCAAAUAUCAAAAGUGGAGUUGUUGAAGAUAUUGAAAACCUCGAAGGGGUAAAAGUUAAAACCAAAAUAUCUGACCAUAUUACAAAAACAGAAACUAUAGCUGUAGAUUCAGAGAUCAGAGUUCCAUCUUUGGUUACAGGUAAUGGAGAUUUAAGCAAAGUUUCAUCUACAUCCACUGUAGUUACUACUGACAUACCUCUUACGAAAUCCAAGAAAAAGAGGAACAGAGCAAAUAGAAAGAAAAAGGCUAAUUCUAUGUCUGAAGAAGAGCUGGAGAAGGAGACAGACCAACCAGAAGCACAAACACCAUAUCAGCCAGCUCAACAGCAGACAAGUGUAUCGGUAAUACCAAAACUUCAGGGAACUGUUGAAGUAAGUACCAGUCUACCAGAAAGCAAACAUGGAAUCGCAACCUAUACAUUCAGUGGUUCAGACAGAACUGUGGGAGACACUAUGAUUGAAGAAUACCAUAGUCAACAUCCUGUAUCUAGUGCAAUGGUUGUGUCUACCGGGGAACCUACAGUUGUUUCCUCAUCAGCUGGAGCAAAGAUUGUUAGCAGCAGGGUAAGUGGUGAAGGGGAAUUGAGGGGAAACAUUCCAGAAGUAUCGGUAAGACCAGGCACAGUUCCUAUUGGCUGGGUCAUACCGCCACAGACCUCUCAUAGUACAAUUAGCCAUAAGGUCAUUGUGGGAGAUAGUAAUCAGUUUAGUCAAGAAUUUGUAGUUCCUCACACUCAAAGUAUUACAGUACUGCCUCAAAGUCAAACUGAGCAUUCACAGGUUAUGAUGACAUCACGCCCAGCAGAAAUUCAUGAAGUAAAUAGAGAAUACACAAUAUCGACAGAGGCUCAAAGAGCAGAUGAUGUUGAAUCUUAUAUCAAGGGUAAAUUAGGGCCUUUUAGAAUAACACCUGACAGAACAUUAAGUGAAUGUAAGACAGAAGUACAGGUCAUAAGGGAACCUUUCCACAUAUCGCCAGACAGGACAGAGCAACACCAAAUACAUCUCUCUCCAGACACAUCAGGGGAUUGGUCUGUAGGUCCAUAUUCCUACCAAGUUAGAAUGGAAACAGAUUCUGAAGGAAAACUCAUAUCAGCACCUCAGUUGACUGAGUUACAGAGCAAAGAAGAUGGAGAAUCUAGAGGCUCUAAACAAUCUCGUAAUGUCUUUGUAACUGAAGAUGCUGGUGGGAGAGUAAUAGUACACAGAAGAAUAGAAUCUCAGACUGUGACUUCUGACCAAGAUGGUGAGCCAUCAGGUCAGCGAACCCAGAUUGUGCGACAAGACCCAGAGUCAUCAGUUGUGACAAGAACUGAGUGGCCAGAGAACAUCACCACCCACAGAACCGUUCGAAUUAGAAAAAUCAAACGGGUUAGAGUAGGUGAUGGUCCAGAAGAAACAACAGUUGAAACUGAGUAUGAAGGUGAUCCUGAUGCAUUAAAUCUAGAUUCAGUGGAAGGCUUUCAGUCUGGGCUGACACACCUGCUACCUGGCACUUCCGGAGAGUCAUCUCUACUCCGCUUUGGCCUCGGUCAAAGGGAGACCCCGGAAAACACACAAACAGUUACAACUACUGUUAGAAGAGUACCGGCUGAUUUAAGCCAUUUCAUGCAAGAGGGUUACGACGAAAAUCUCGAAAAUAUUCUUGGUUCGACGACGACGACGACAACGACAAGGACUGUGCGGAAAGUCAAGGUCAUAAGAAGAGACGAAGAUGGCAACAUAGUGGAGUUCGAAGACGAGGAAGGUGAAGUCUCGUCACUGCCACCAGCGUUGACCUCCGAAGAUGUAUCCACGACCGUCUCUGACGACGGUACAACGACGACUACAACAAGAAGAAUCAUCCGAGAAAGACGAAUCAUUACAAGUGACUUGACGGAGGACGCGAAUCGUUCUACCGUCAGGGAGAGUGCGAGCGGUGAGGGCGAGGCGGGGUCCUCACAAGACCCAUCGCGUGCAACACACUGAGUCAAUACGAAUGAAACGAAUUUUUAAAGAAUAUGUAUAUUUUGCUGUGUAUGUGCUUGAAAAUUGUCCUAUAUAUGAAUAUCGUCAUGUAAGCUACACCUGUGGAGUCCUUGUGUUCAAAACACUAUAUAUGAAAUUCGAGUGUUCUGAGUGUACUCUCAGCAUAGCGGCGCUGUGCACCAAAGACAACAUGUGUACAAAUAGCAGUACACAACAGAUCCGGUGCGUUAUAGCAUCCUGUGCUCACAAAUCUGUGGCUUCCAAUCAAGGACCUGACAGGAAAAGGAGAACUUCUUUCAAACAACAUGCAGUUUCCACCAUUUUGCAACACAACUAAUGGGACUGAGCUUACCCAAGAUGGGAGGUGGACCUGGCAUGAGCUUUAGCCAGCAGCAGCCGCAGGUUCGUGUGCUCACCCUCAACCAUGGUGACCACAUGGACUCAACACUCUUCCGUCUGCAAAAAGG